AGAAGGUCAAGAUCAUCUGAGGAAUAGACAGAAGCAGAAGAAGAUGCUAGGUUUUGGCAUGAAGCACUUUGGGCAGCAAGAAGAAGACGGUCGCAUUAUUCAACGGAGGAGAGAGCAGGAGUUAUUCGGAGAUUUAGAUGAAGACAUGUUGCAGGAGGUCGAUGCUGAAGCGGUUGUAAAGAAAAAUGCAAAACGUGAACUCGAGACGCGGAUGCCGAACAAUUUCGUCAGUGACGGUCAUGGUGUGUUGGACAGCAAGUACC